AGUCUCUCAGGAAAGCAUACAGAAAUUUGCAAUUCAAUUGUUCUAUGCUCGAAGUGGCACCUCUCAAACUUAAUUGGACACUGGAACGUAAUGGACAACAUGAAGUAGAUGUAAUAGAAGACAAGGAAAAUAAUAAUAAAAAAAGCACAGCGGCAGUAAAGAAGAACGUUACAGAAGUUGAGGAGGGAAAAUUCAUUAUUAAACCAACGAAUAAUUAUAUGCAAAAAUGUGCAGGGUGUGGUGGCAACUUCGCAAACACUGACGUGUGCUUAAUGGCCACGAAGUUGCGCCUAAUCAGAGGGGAAAAGUCGCCCAUGGGAAAAGAAAGAAAACAAAUGUACAUUAUCAAAUGGACAAAAAAUGCUUGGAGACGGGGUUUAACAUAGAAGAAGUAUCAAAUCCAUUGAAUGUUUUCAUUUCUAAAGACCAGAUAAAAGCUUUAAAAAAAAGAGGCAUAAAUUUAAAUAAAAGCAACCACUUGGAAAAUACUUAACAUUUCAAUUAUAGAUAUAUAUUCAAUUAUAAAACUUUUUUCUAGUAACAAAACCACUUUUAGUCAUGGGCACUUAUUUACCAUGAAACGCCAUAGGGGGGGGGGGCACAUAUUUUAAGUGUAAAUGCCUAAAAUAUAAGGUCUCCCAUUGGUUAUGGGCAAAUAAUUCCAUUUAAACUCACACAUAAAAACUCAUCAUUGUAGAGUACAGUUCUAUUGCUGUAGAUAGGACAAAAGUUACAAAACAUUUAUAUAUAGUAAUAGCUGAAAAUAUAUACAAGCAUGAAAUGAAAGUAGAACACAUAUAUAAUAUAAGCAACAACAAAGCCAAGGUAAUAACACAUCUCUAUAUAAUAUUAAUAAGCGUGAACAAAAUAUAUAUAUACAUUAGCAUAGCUCACAACGUAAAAUAUGUGAAAACAUAGAGGUAUAUAUAAUAGCAGCAGGGAGGUAGGAGGAAGAAAAACUGCUAGAACUGAAAAGGAAAACCAUGAGGCAACUGCAGCUUAAAUACUAGCAAGACUGCUGACCAAAGUAUAUGCUGCUGACCAGAAAAGGCACAUAGGUAAAUGGUGAACUAACUAUGGGCAAUACAAACCAGAGUACUGUAGGAAGAAGAUCUAUAUAUGUGUGCAUUUAAACACUCAUAAAUAUAUAUUUAUGA